UCCAAGUACAUAGGCAUGCUUUUCAUAAAAUCAAAUCAUGGCUUUUGAUCCAUACCCGCAAAAACGAUUAGCAUGCUUUGCUUGUCGUGAUAAGAAGCUUCGUUGUAAUACGGUUAGCGGUGAUAUUUGUCAAAGAUGUAGAACUCGUGGAUUUGAUUGUAUUCGUCCACAAAGCAAGAGGGAAGCUUCGGGUAUCACACAUAUAUCAAGACGAUCAUCGACAGAGAAGGAACCACUGUGGAGCAGCGGAUAUGAAGCAAAGCCAAUAGCAUCAUCCUCAUCGUCGUCAGAUGUAUUAUAUCAUUCAAGACCCACUGUGCAAAAUGAAUUGUUGCCAAUCGAAAGUGCAGAGAGGCUUUUUUGGAGUACUUUGGAUUCCAGAAAAAGUUCUCGUGACUGUUUCACGUUUUGCUGUUAUCAAGAUCAAACGACUGCAUUGGAUCCGAUCGUUUGUGGGAUUUUAUCAUUACAAGAAGCCGAAGAACUUUUUCAACAAUUCAUGCAAACGUUUGGACGAACGUUGGCAUACUUUGAUUCAAAUUUAGCAACGUUUUCAUACAUUCGAUCAAGAUCCCAUGCUCUGAUCUCCGUCAUUUGUCAUACGAUGGCUCGCGCUCAAAAAGGAAAAGAAAGUUUAACGUCUGCUUUGUGCAAUCAUGUCCAUCAUAUCGUUUUACCUGCGAUCAUGUUGCAAAGUUUUAAAUCGGUUGAGAUUGUUCAAGCUUUGAUGAUGUUGGCAGCUUUUGAGCCUCCGUCUGACAGUAUUCGAGAAGAUCGAUCAUGGACUUUAUUGUCACAUGCAAUACGGAUAGGCGGAGAGAUUAAUAUGCAAGCAUCUUUUGAAUGUGACACAGAUGAAAGAAGUGUACCAGAAAGUGUUAUUAGAGAACGCAGAAACGUUCAACGAACAUGGAUCAAUGUUUGGUUGCACGAAUUUUCCCUUGCUCAACAUACAGGACGAAAGAGCAUUCUAGCAGAACAAGAUAUUUUUGCCGUUUGUAAGAAAUGGCAUUGUCAUCCUAUGGCUUGUUAUACGGAUACUGCCUUGGUAUCAAUGGUUGAAUUACGCACGAUCAUCAAGAGGAACAGACAGCUCUUUCAUCGGUUGCCGCCCAACGGUGAAUUGUUUUAUAUAGAACAAUGCAAGUCUGAUUUGGACUCAUGGUCAAGAGCAUGGUGUACUACAGGAGAAUCAUCUUCAUCCAUGCCAAGAUUGGAGUUGGCCUCGUUAUACGUAAGUCAUGCAAUGGUUCAACUUUUAGGUCUGGUUUUGCACAAUAUACCCGCUUCGCAUUGGAUGUCAACAAUGAUUGUGGAUCUAUACGAAUCUUGCAGUACUUAUCUGGACGCUUUCCCUAACCGAUUACCGCCAAACAAAUUAAUCUAUUGUUACAAUUCCAUGUUUGUAGCUGCAAGUUAUGAAUCCAUCGUUGCGAUUCGUUUAACUCAAUUGGCUUCAAGGUUUACAUUUAUUGAUGCAAAUGCCAUGCGAGCAAGAUGUCAUCGUGUUUGGAAUUGUUUAACGGAAGCUGCUAAUCUUUCAUCAAAGGACACAGCCGCAAAUUGUUAUGCACGAUUCUUGGAAGGCGUUUUACGUGCACCAACGAUGCAAGAAGAGCAGGUCAGAGCAAAGGAUGCACCAACACAAGAUCAACAUGGAAGUGAGCCUGGCUCGGUAGGAGGCGGUACUUCUGCACCACUCGAUACAACAGCCGGACCGAUGACCAUCGAAAAGGGAGAGUCAACUCAACCACAACAACAACCAGUCAUUUCAACGGAUAUCAAUUCCACUUUGGGUUUUGAUGAUUUGCAAUUCUUUGCUUGGGCUGGUGCAUCUUUAGCACAAAAUGAUUCGUUCUUUGCUCAACUGUUUGGAGGAGAUGGAAGGAUGCAGUAGAAGUGUUAAUGUAUAAUAGUGUUGUAUAUCAUAUGUCAAU